GAUCAUGUGACUGGUGUCAUGGCUGCCUGGCUGCUGUUGGUCUUGUUCUUGGGUCCUCUUGGCGGUGGGGCCGAGGAGAGGUCCCAGGUGUCGGUGAUACUGGAUUCUGCCACCGGGAAUCUCCUCACCGUGCCGGAGAAGGUUGAAAACGCUGUGGCCUGGGCAGAGCUCAGGGAUGGUAUACAGGACAAUGGAUGGGCCAUUCUUGAACUCCGUACAAAUGCAUAUUAUAAUGACAGUAUCCAGGCUUAUGCUGCAGGGGUGGCUGAAGCUUCUGUCACGCAGCGGCUUAUAUACAUGCAUUGGAUGAACACGUUGAUGGGCUAUUGUGGUCCUUACAAAUAUGAGACCCCGUUCUGUGAGCGGCUGCGCAAUUAUUUGGAGGCCAAUUUUGCUUGGAUGCAGCAAGAGAUGGACAAAGGAGAGGAUCCUGUUUAUUGGCACCAGGUUCGCCUUGCUUUGCUUCAGCUCAAAGGCCUUGAGGACAGCUACAAUGAUCGUAUAUCUUUUCCACUGGGAAAUUUCACGCUGAACCCUCUUGGAUUUCUCCUAUUCCAACUUGGGGGAGACUUAGAGGACUUAGAAUCUGCUUUCAACAAAACUGAUAUUUCUAACAAUCUAGGAUCUGGGUCAUGCUCAGCACUAAUAAAACUUCUACCUGGCAACAAAGAUCUUCUGGUGUCUCAUGAUACCUGGAACACAUAUCAGUCAAUGCUUCGAAUCAUCAAGAAAUAUGUUCUCCCCUUUCGCAGUUCUCCCACUGGGGGCUCCACAGUGCCAGGCUCGGUACAGACCUUCUCUUCUUACCCUGGCACCAUUUUCUCUGGAGAUGAUUUUUACUUGUUGAGCAGUGGUCUGGUUACCCUGGAAACAACCAUUGGUAAUAGCAAUCCCUUACUCUGGAAAUACAUCCAACCACAGGGCUCAGUGCUAGAGUGGUUGCGUAAUAUAGUAGCCAACAGGCUGGCUACUGGAGGACAAGAGUGGGCUAAACUCUUCGAGAAGUUCAAUAGUGGAACGUAUAAUAACCAAUGGAUGAUUGUGGACUACAAUAAAUUUCGUGUUGGACAAGCUACAGCUCCUGCCGGCCUUUUAACUGUCUUAGAGCAAAUUCCCGGCAUGGUGGUGACAGCUGAUAAGUCAGACGAGUUUUACAGCAAAGGAUAUUGGGCCAGCUACAACCUCCCCUAUUUUGAACAGAUAUUUAAUGUCAGUGGACUGCCUGCUUUGGUGGAAAAGUAUGGUGACUGGUUUAGCUAUGACCGAAAUCCUCGCGCGCAGAUAUUCCGCCGAAAUCAAACAAAUAUACAGGAUCUGAAUUCAAUGAUACAGUUAAUGCGAUACAAUGACUUCCUAAACGAUCCCCUAUCAAUCUGCUCAACUUGUAUUCCCAAGCCAAAUGGGGAGAAUGCAAUCUCUGCUCGAUCAGAUCUCAACCUAGCAAAUGGCACCUAUCCAUUUGGAGCUCUACGCCAACGGCAACAUGGAGGCACAGACAUGAAAGUAACCUCAUUUGCCAUGGCCAGCAAAUAUCAGAUGGUGGCAGUUAAUGGCCCUACAUGGGAUCAAGUCCCACCUUUCCAAUGGAGCACAUCGCCUUUCAGUAACCUCACGCACAUGGGUCAUCCAGACUUAUGGAAAUUCUCUCCCAUCAUCAUUAGCUGGGACUAGAAUAUGAUGUUCAGUACUUUAUACAUCAGCCAUAUGGGUUUUUCUUCCCUAAUCGAUAGUCCCUUUUUAGAGAUAUAAUUUUGGAUUGUGUGUCUAGGAUCUGAAAUUAAUCCAGUGACAGUAGUAUUAUCAGCAGAUUCUGGACACAAGAAUAUCUUUGCCAAAAGUUGUGUGCUGAGCUUUUUGUUUUAAAGGGAUUUUCCACAAAUGAUGAAUAAAGGGAUGUGCUAUUGUGCGCUUUUUUUUUUUUUUCUCUCCCUUUUCGAAGGGGAAUAGAGUGUGAAGAUGAACUGCCCACACCAGGAUGCUGCAUUAUUGUAAUGUCUAUAUAAAACUUCUAUCACUGGAAGACUAAUGAUAAUUUAAAGCAUAGAAGCAUAGAUCUGUCUUGAUUUGAUUUUAGCCACUUUGUGUAGUAAUUUCCUGGUUAUAUUAAUAUAGCAAGAUAAGUUACUUAGAAAUGCUUGUGUGAUUGUCAUGCAAGAGGUUGCAGAGAGGAUAUCAUUUGAAUGCUUUUAAGAUUCAUGCAAUUAGUAUGUUGGGCAGUGCACUGAAGGCCACAUGCAUUAUCUUCAUUAUCUACUUCGGUUUUCCUGUAUGGACCUGUGUUUAACUGAACGUUUUGGAACCCUGGUAGAAGAAUAUGGGGUUCCUUGUUCUCAAUUCAGUGUUUUACAGCUUCAGGCUCCCAGCCUGCAAUAAAAGGAAAGAAACAUGCCAACUCAAGAUUUAUUUUCUCCAGAAAAGGGGUGCAUGGUGUACAAGGGUGUAUGUUAAUAGUCUCUGCUUUGAGUCCUGCUUAUCCUUGUGUAAUUCUGUUCACUUAUGCUUGACUCUGGGGGAAAAAACCAUGAAGGUAAAACAGAGUCCGCAUUUACUGUGAGACAAUGUACUUGUGCCGAUGGUUAACACAGCCAACUUUUGUCCUAUUACCCUUUCUUGCUAAACUAUGCAAAUAAUGAGUUGGCAAUAAAUCCUGAAUUUUGUUUUUUUUUGCACUUUUUAUACACCAUUUUAUGAGGAAUGUUCCCCAAUCAAAUGUCUGCUUUAAAGUCAAUAAAGUCGAAUGUAAUUUUGUUAA